AUGGACGACAACAUAUCUACCUUGAAGAGGUUUCUUCUCCAUCUUCCCUCGGAGUCGUCCUUUAAAUUCACAAACGACGUUCGUACAGAUAUAAGACGCGCCCUCUAUCGUGCCAUUUCCAACCAGGGGCAAUUUCUUGAUUGGUUCUUUCCUGGUAGUUCCCAAGAUAAUAUAGAAGAAUGCCAAUGGCUCUACACCGAAUACCUUAAAAGCCGCCAAUUGAAAGACGACAAGAAUACAAAUGCCAAUGCACUUGCUCUGCAUCCUAAUCUGCCAUGUGCACGUAUUUUCCGUAAAGGUGAACCCAUCUACCGAUGUCUCACUUGUGGGUUUGAUGAGACUUGUGCCUUUUGUCAUAAUUGUUUCCAACCGGAUUUCCAUGCCAAUCAUAAAGUUCAUAUAACCAUUUGUUUACGUGAGAAUGGUGGUGUUUGUGAUUGUGGUGACCCUGAAGCUUGGAUUGAAGAGUUUACAUGUCCUUAUGCCAGUUCAUCUGAUAACUCCAAUUGUUUGGCUAAUGAACCCCCUUCCGAAUUAGCAGGUGCUGUUUUAGGAACAUUUGAAACUUUAUUGGACUUUAUUAUCGAUGUGAUGAGUCAAUGCUAUCUACAAUUUGAAGAUAUCGAAUCAAUUACCAAGGAUAAGAUAGAAUUGAAUACCAUAAACAGCACAUUUGACCCACGGAAAUAUGCAAGCGCCGAUGACAAUUUUCAAGAUGUGAACAACGACCAGUACUAUAUCCAAGUAUACAACGAUCAAAUCCGACAUUAUCGUGACGCAGUGCAACGAAUCCAUUUAGCAAGUCAAAAAGUGAAACCAUUUGCCGAGAUGAUAACCGAUCAAAUUCACAAGCAGGGCCGGGCCAAAGUCAUAAGUUCCAAAAAUCUACAGCUCUUGUUGGAAAGACAGAAAAUCCUUAGUGCUACUGGAUUGUCAAGUUGUAUAAGAUCACACAGGGAUAUAUUUAGAGAACAGGUUUGUGAUGAAAUUGUCAAAUGGUUGGGUGAUUUGAGCGAAAGUCAAGUAUUUAAGAUCAACGCUGACAUUAAGGAUUUGUUUUGUCGAGCGUUUUGUGACAAGUGGGAAAGUGGACUACUUAUACCCUCAUUUGAUCCAGCAUAUUCCUAUAAAGUUGGUACCCUUGAUGGAAGUUUACGUAUUCCUAAAAUUGAUCUGAAAGCCCCUACCAGUUCAGUUUAUCCACAAUGGGCAUUCACGUCAUCUAAAUGGGAUCUUCCGGAUGAAAUAAAUAAUCAAUGUUCGUACAACAAAGAUCUAGGUGAUUUCACAGCUGCAGCUCAUCAUGGUUCACGACUCCAAUACCUUUUCUAUCUUGACAUAAGGUUUUCCAAAUCAACCAGAGUUCUCCUUCAUGAUAUUUACUCCACAUCACUAAUCACAAACUUACACUAUAAAAACAUAAUUUCAGCACAAUACGUCGAUAUAUAUCCCAUGGUUGCUGACCAAUUCCUCACCCUUGACCGUGAACCUGAACUUAGUGUUAUGUGUACAUUAUCUACCCAAUUAUUCACAUGCCCAACCAAUUCCACCUCAAUAAUUCAUCAUGGUGAUAUUGCCCGCGUUCUUGCUUCCAUCUAUGGUUUUUUAACCACCGAAAAAGUACAAUCUCCCGAAACAUUAGACUUGACUACGGAAAUAUCAAUCAAAUCACUCAAAAACAGACGAUGGGGUCAAAUUUUCUUUGAUAUAAGCUACAUACUUAGUAGAUCACGCGACCCCAAAUCAAUAUUAAAUUCAAACAUCAUCCCAAUGGCAUGUGAUCUAUUGGCUUUAUUACAAGGGAAACCAGGCUUGAAACGAGAAACCGAGAAUCAUGUUGAAUACGAGAGUCCCGAUUACACGGCAUUUUUCCAUGGGAUACCCGUGAUUUACCAAUUUGCAGAAUUUAUAGCGAGAUCUUUAAAUGGAGUCGAGAAUGAACGGAAGGAAUGGGGAAGAAGAGCUAUCAAAUAUGUUAUGAAUUACUUGCAAAAGAUGCAUCAGGAAAGACAUAAAGGUGAAGUUAGUUUUCUUCACCCAUUACAUUCAUUUCUUUCUUGGUUAAUUGAACUUUCUCAAAUUGAACCAGCAGCAUUAGCGAAAAUACUACAAGAAUAUCAGAUUGACAAUAUCUUCACAUAUCCAAUAACUACGCUUGUACUUAUGUCACAGAUCAAAACUGGGUACUGGGUAAGAAAUGGAUUCACUGUGCGUGCCCAACUUCAACUCUAUCGUACAACUGGAUUGCGUGAGUCAGGAUAUCUUCGUGACUUGUACCUUACGCAAAUAUACAUCUCCAGCACCGAUCCCGAACCAACAACCAUGAAUAUUCUUUCCCAAUGGCAGCUCAACGACUGGAAAACCUACGACAACAAUACACUUCCAUAUAUGAUUGAAGAGUGCCUUACGUUCUUUAUCCAUGUCCUCACGGAAGACCUCAAUCUUUCCCAACUCUCCGAAGAAGCACUCCUUCAAAAGAGAAUAGAACGGGAAAUAAUCCACACGUUGUGUUUUGGAGGUAUGAACUAUGCCAAGUUGUGCAGUCACAUUCCUGAUCAUAUCGUGGCGGAAAAACGAUUCGACAUUAUCCUUACCCAGUUGACUGUAUUUAAACCACCCAAGGGCGAAAAUGAUGUCGGAGUUUACUAUCUUAAGGAUGAGUAUUUGGAUUGUGUCAAUCCGUACUAUUUUAACUAUACUACCAACAUCAAGGACGAUGCAAUCAAAUUUAUCAAGGAAAGAGUGCACCAAAAGACCGGGAAGCUGAUUGGUGAAGUAGUGGUUCCGGCGUAUGCCAGUAAGGUCAAGGACUACAAGAUUGGUAACUUUAGUGUGUCAUUAUGUUUUGCUAGGUUUUUGAAGAAAGUACUUGAGUUUGUGGACGAGAAUAGAGAAAGCUUACUCGAGACAUGUUUACAUUUGAUCCAUAUCUUGGCAUUGGAGAAUAACGUCGACGAAGGAAAGUUUUAUGAAAGAUUUGUUGAAGUUGAAGAUCAUGGUUCUAUUGCCAGUUUGAUUUAUGAAUUGUUGUCUAAGGAGGAAUUUUCGUGUCAACAUGCAAAGAUUAGAGCCAUUCUUAAGGUUUUCGCAGAUAGACACGAUUUACCCCAUGAGCUCAAUGGACAAAUCCCACAAUUUGAUACCAGUGCAAUUGAUUCCGAUUACGUGGACAACUCUGAGGAUGAAUUUGAAAAGAAAAAGAGAAUCGCCAAGGAUAGACAAGCCCGUCUCCUUGCCAAGUUCAAGAAACAGCAAUCUUCAUUCUUGAAGAAUAACCAAAUGGAUACCAGUGAUGCAGAAAUGGAAGAUGAAGAACUCCAACAUGGAUGGAAAUUCCCGGAACCUCAUUGUUUAUUGUGUCAAAAUGCUGCUGAAAAUGCUGGUCCAUUCGGUUUGAUUACUUAUGUUGCAAAAAGUUCAGAGUUUAGGAAUGUUCCGUUUGACGAUGAGUAUUGGUUUCUUAGACUGUUUUCUGAUGGUGUUGAUUUGGAUGCAGAUGAGGAAAACCCUACUACGCUGUCACACAAUCAAGCCAAAACAGCAAGAUGGGAAGAAUAUAUGCGUGCAGUUAAGGAAAAGUUUGUAAUUGGUCCUGGAUUUACUUCGCAUGAUGAUGUCGAUAGUAAGUUGGUUUCGCUGAGUUGUGGUCAUGGAAUGCAUUUCCAAUGUUAUAUUAAUUUUCUCAAUACCAACCGUAGUCGUAUGAGUCAAAUUACCCGGAAUACUCCAGAGAAUAUUGAUCAUAAGGAGUUUGUGUGCCCUUUAUGCAAGGCGAUUAACAAUAUGUUUAUUCCGAUUUUGUGGACAACCAACCAGAGAAGUUUACUGAAAUUUUUAACUCCAUUGCCCGAUUCAUCAAGAAACCCCUUUCACAAUUUGUCCAUAGAGCGUGUUCAUGAUAAAGAAUGGUAUGAUAAGUUCACAAAGUUAUCAGAUGCUGAUAUUGACGCAAUCUCAAUCUUGAACCCUAUCUCAAGGGAAAUUAUAUGUCUGGGUCCAACGGCACAAUUCACACCUCAACAACAUCAGUUUAGACAACUUUUAAGUAAUAUGUUCCAGAUUCUACUGUUCCUUACCUUUCCCCAGGUAUUCAAGGCUGACUCGAUAUUUGUGCUCGUGAAUACCAUCAAAUCUAUUGAAAUCUGCCAUAGAGGAAUUUCUUCAGACGGGAGACUCAUAAUUUCCCAACUUUCAAACAAUUGUCUUAUCAAUCUCCGCACCUUCAAUGAGUUUAGAAAUACUAGUGUAUUAAUGAAAAUCAAAAAUUGGAUACAUACACCUAAUCCAAGAGGGGAUGCAUAUGCGAAAAUGUUGGCUAAUAUAUUUGCAUUAUCCAAGGGAAAUGGUGCAAUUAAUUCCUCGAUCGUUGAAGCAGACAUGUUUGAAUGUUUGGUGAAUAUUAUUCCAUUGCCAUCGUUUGGACUUUCAUUCCAUGCUAUUUUGGAAGUUACAUUUGUUGCUCAUUUGAUCCAGACCUUGAACAUAUUGGCCAAGGAAUUGUCCAGCAAGAAAAACUGGAAGUAUGACAUGUGGGAUAUACCUAUUGUGGCCGACAUUACAACCACCAUUGCCGAGUCUGCUCAUUUGUGUUUUGUUCGAUUGGCAACUAACGAAAAUAUCAAGACAUUGAGUGAAGCCGAGAAAGUAGGACGGGUGAUUUACUCAAUGACUGUCAAAGCCGCCACUCCAUUCUUGAGAAGAGCUGCCAUUUACGCAUACGUUCAAUGUGCAGACAUUGAUGACAUUGAUUUCUCACUUUAUCCAGAGACUGAAAUUGAAGCAAACAGAUUAUGUUCAUUCAUGAACAUCAAACCUAUUUCUGAAUACUUGGAAAUAUUUGCUUCAAACACUGCCAGUUUUGAAUCACGCAUGUUCGACGAUUUUGUCAAUUAUGUCCAUUUAUCUUCGAAAUCACUCACCAUUUCUCCACUUGCUCGUAAACUUGAAUAUCCUGGAUUAGUAAAGCUCGUUGAACUUCCUGACAGACUUGACCGAUUCUUUACCGAUUACUACUAUCUGGACGCAUAUGCUCAACCGCAUCUUCGGAUCGAGGACCCUGCUAUUUGUUUAUUCUGUGCUUCUGUGGUUGAUGCCCAGAAACAAGCUCGCGGAGCUCGAGAAGGUCAGUGUACAACACAUUAUCUCAAAGAAUGUCCUCAUGAUGUCGGUGUGUUUUUGUUACCUAAAGAUCGAACUUUGUUGUUGCUUCAUAAGAAUGGCGGUAGUUUCUACAAAGCCCCAUAUUUGGAUGAACAUGGUGAAAUUGCUGAUGAUCUGAGACGGGGUAAGACUAUGUACUUGAUGAAAACGAGGUAUGAUGCGUUUAUAAGGAGUGUUUGGUUGCUGCAUAAUGUUCCCAAUUAUAUCGUUAGGAAUUUGGAAAGCGUGUUGGAUCCCGGUGGUUGGGAAACGUUAUAGGUGUAAUAUAUGUAAUUUUUUACUAAUAAUAUAUUCGUUAUACAUUGUAU